UGCCUGCAGGCCACACUCCAUAUCAGCUAAACAAAGCUACGAACGCCACAUAUUAACCGUGUUUAUAUGUGGUGUCUUGUUUUUAACUUAAAUAGUCUAUCUAUAGUAUGUUGUAGGACAAAUACGUUAUCAUAAAUACAAUGGAGUAUAACAUUUAUGCUGUUUAUGAGUAAUAGAAACCUGACGCAGGUUUGUGUACCGAAAGUGGUUUAACAGCAACAACUGGAAACGGAUAGUUACGUUUUUAAGUUUCAUUUUCCAUAUUCCAGACGUAACGUGAGGGAUGGACAACAAUAUGAGCGUAUUUAACCGCUCGCAGACUUGAAGAAGUACAUUUCAGAAUUUUCUGUUUUGAAAGCAAACAUCUUACGAACAGAAGAGGAACAGGAUGGGUACAGAAUGGACUCCCACGCUGUGGAGUGAUACUUUCGACCGAAUGUUGGAUGAAGAGUUGGACUACAAUGACACCUGGGGAUUUAAAUUCAACUACAGCCUGCAAAAUAAGCUCUCUAACGAGGAGAGGAGGAGAGGGUGGAAGAUCUACUGCCACUAUGCCUGCGGAAAAUUUCGGUGUGGUACCUGUCCCCAAACCUGGCCAUCAGCGCGGAUUACCCUUCUCUUCCACUACCGCCUGCGGAGUGGGACAGCCCGGGGGACAGUGAUCAUGCGACCCUUUGGACAGAAGUGUCGGCGCUGCAACGGGGACUUUGAGCGCCCAGGAUUCUCCACGGCAGAAGUAGAGAAAGUCCUGCUCAAACUGAUUGGUAAGAUCAAGCAGAAAUGCUACGGUGAAGAGGAAGAAGACGGCAGCGAUUCCUGUUCCUCUGAGAAAGUGUGGACGAAGCCACACGAGAGUUUGCUGUGUGAGGCCUGUCAUCAAGGGAUUUGCUGUGAGGAAGACUAGUCUAGAUGGAGACUUUCUGAACAAUGAACGGAAAAACAUUUUGUAUUUUUGUAAUUCACUCUACUCAUCACUACGUGAUAAUGUCACUUGUCUUGCUUGUCUGCAAUUGUUACAAAAUGCAGCUGCUAGGCUUUUAACUGGGACUAAAAUAAUAUAGGCGGCACGGAUGGUGCAGUGGGUAGCACUGCUGCCUCACAGCAAGGAGGUCCUAGGUUUGAAUCCCAGUUGGCCGGGGCCUCUCUGUGUGGAGUUUGCAUGUUCUCCCCGUGUUUGCGUGGGUUUCCUCCAGGUACUCUGGUUUCCUCGCACAGUCCAAAGACAUGCAGGUUAGGCUGAUUGGAGAGUCUAAAUUGCCCAUAGGUAUGAGUGUGUGAGUGAAUGGUGUGUGUGCCCUGCGAUAGGCUGGCGACCUGUCCAGGGUGUAUUCCUGCCUUUCGCCCAAUGUAUGCUGGGAUAGGCUCCAGCCCCCCGCGACCCUGUUCAGGAUAAGCGGGUUAGGAUAAUGAAGAAUAAAAUAAUAUAUUUUAUUGGUUACUUACGAGGCACUUAAUAGCCUAGCCGAUACAUACACUUCUAAACUUCUUUUAUCCGCCUUUGCACAGGGAUCUUCAGCAUUCUCUGCUCUCAAUUCUACAGUCUUGACUGGUAACAAAAGGAGAACAGGCUUUUGCCAUCAGGGCACCUGAACUGUGGGAUUACUUGCCUAAAAUAUUCAAUCAGGUUAUUGUCCUGUGAAGUAAUAUAAUGGAAUUGUAUGGAUUCUGGAUAAAAUAUGCACUAUCCUUGGACUGUAGCUUAAAGUCUUCCCUGGUACUUGUUCUACCUGUAUGUGGGAUUGAUGUUUGUAUCAUAAAUUGCACAAUAGUGUCUUUAAUGUGCUCAGCUGUAAGACUGUUUGAUGAAAUAAUUACACUUCGUAGACAUAUCUGCAAUAAAAUGACUGGAUCUCACAA